CGUCACUUCCUCCCCAUCCGCUCUUGGGCAAGCAGGCGGGAGGCCGCAGCUCCUGCCGCCUCGAGGCUCCUGCGCUGGUAGCCAGCGCCAUGGGCAGCUUGCUGCAGUUUCUGAAGUUGGUGGGGCAGUUGAAGGUGAGCAGAGACCCCGACUGGCUGGUCGGGAGCAAAUGCGGGGUUGGGGUGUGUGGGGGGGGGUCAUUGCAGCAGUUUUGCCCAUCUUCGCGGUAUCGUUCCCCAAAGGUGCUGCUGCACAAACCCCCCACGCAUCUCCUCACCUCCCUUUUUUAGCGUCGAUUAAGACUGCAGUCCAAACCCCACUUACCUGGGAGUGAGCCCCAUUGAAUGCGGUGGGACAUACCUCUGAGUAAACAUAAUAAUAAUAAUAAUUUAUUUAUACCCCGCCCACUAGGCUGGGUCUCCCCAGCCACUCUGGGCUGCUUCCAACAAAAUAUUAAAAAUACAGUAGAAUAUCAAACAUUAAAACCUUCCCUAAACAGGGCUGCCUUCAGAUGUCUUCUAAAAGUCAGGUAGUUGUUUAUUUCCUUGACAUCUGAUGGGAGGGCGUUCGCAGGGCAGGUGCCACUACCGAGAAGGCCCUCUGCCUGGUUCCUUGUAACUUGCUUCUCGCAGCGAGGGAACCAGGCAGAUGGCCCUCGGCGCUGGACCUCAGUGUCCAAGCUGAAUGAUGGGGGUGGAGACGCUCCUUCAGGUAUACUGGGCCGCAGCAGGGUCAGGACUGCAGUUUGCAGAUUUUCCCUGCAGCAACUCCUGUUUAGCUCAGUGGGAUGUACAAUUAGACCUGCGUAGGAUAAGGCUGCAACCCUAAACACGCGCUUCUGCUUAGAUUAGACUUGCUUAGUACAAAGGUGCAUACGAUGCUUGCGCCUGGUCACCUUCUUAGCUGGCUGAAGGACUUCUGUGUUCUGACUCUGGUUUAGGAACCUGGAGACCAGAUAGCAUAGAAAUAAUAAGGAAUCUGUCGCAAAAGGGGAUGGUGGUAAAGCCAAGGGACACUGGAGGAAAAGUUGGCCAGCAACGAAAGUGAGGUAGUUUACAAGUAAUAGAAAUAUUAAGGAAGCAAGGGGAAAUAGCAGUUUGUGGAUUUCCUAAUAAAUUGCCUCUGUUGCCUUGAAGAACCUAAAGACUGCAGUUAGUAGUUCUGCUUUGCAGUAAGCUUAGUAAGAUAGUCGUUAAUAGGAUACAGGCAGGAUCUCUCAAAGUUCAACAUUUCACACCCAGUAUACAAAACUAUCCACCUGGGGAACUACGAAGUAAAUAUUUUAUUUCUGGGGCACAGGUGCUUAUAGGAAUACUGCCUUGGAAUUUUUUUUUUUGUCUUUUAACUAUUUAUAAUCAGUAAGCAUGACUAACAAACAGUCUGUUAAAUGUGGCAGCUUGUGUUUCUAAAUGGCAGCUGGGUAUAAAAAAAGAAGAUGCAUGCAAGGCUCCCCCCCCCUUUGACAGUAUUGCUUAAACUCUUUUUGACUAGAGAGUCCCACGGACUGGCUGGGUAUACAGAAAUGUAGCAAAUCCAGAGAGCGUUUCAGACCAUAUGUACAGGAUGGCAAUCAUGGCUAUGGUAACCGAAGAUAAAGCACUUAAUAAAGACAGGUAUGUAUACUGAUUGCAGUGGGUGUCUUUAAUGGAUAUGGGGGACUGCACAUUGUGGCUUCAGUUUAGUGAAAAGUAGCUGCACUGAAGUUCCAUUCUUGAUGGGAUCAAGUUAGUUGCAACUGUCUUAUUUUACUUUUCAUUGGAUCCAGGUUUGUUUGUUUAUUUGCAACACUGAACCAUCAGUAUUGUACACUGCCAAACCACACAAUUAAUAGAAAAAUAGAAGUGCUGUUUUAAUACUGCUUGAUUGCAUCAACUCUUGUAACUAUUAUUUAGGUGGGUCAAAAAGGGUUGACAGUAUUUUAAAAUCGUGGCUUAAUAGGAGGAAUUCAGUGUUGUGCUGUUAAAAAUAUCUGCUUACUUGAUGGAACUAACUUUUCUCCCUGACGCGCGCACACACACACACACACACACACACACCCGUUCUGGGGGUUCUGCAGAUACACACACCUUGAGCCAAUCUGAGGGCAGCACUAGCAGAAGUCCUUGUGUGGGCUUCUGCUAGCUGGGCCAGCUAGCUGAAUUCAGGCCAAUGUUAAAAUACCAUAAUGUGAAAUUUAGGCCAUUCCUUAAUUUUCGAAAAUGAAUGUGUGUGAAUUUGAGAGAGUGCCUUGCCCAAGAUAAAGAAGAGCUGUAGCCCAGGUCUAAGCCCAAGGGUGUAUUCCUCUCCCCUCUCAUUGCCAACUUUCCAAUAUGUGUUUCUUUCUUGGUGGAAUGUGGAAUUCACAUUCGCCAAUAUGAUUGAAGAACUUCUGCUGGGUAAAUUAAUAUGUAAUGUAAAGCUGUGCAAUAUUGUGAUUGUAACAUCAAAGAAGUAAAUCCAUGCAGGUUUAAAAAUAGAAUGAAUUCAAAAGUUAAAUCUCCAUUUAACUGGUGAUAGCAAUUAUUUUACCAGGCUUAGUACUGAAAUUGUCAGGUUGGUAUAUUACUUAUAUUGAAUACCUUUUUAUCAUGACCUAUUAAAACAUCAGAAAGUGUCGGGGAACCAGCCCACCAGGUGCGGAGGAAAAUGACGAAGAGUCAUGGGUGAAGGUUUAAGCAAGGAGUGAGCUCUCUCUCCCAGCAGCCUUGCAUGUUUAUUAGCCUUGCGCACAUUACAUCAUGUUGCAUAUACACGUGUAGCACUCGGGUGGAAAACAGCUAGGGUUUGCAUUUCUUAGAAUAACUAUUCUCUACCAGGACAUAACUCCAGACAGCAUGACAGCCGCGUAAGCUUUGCGGUUAGGCAGCGCGACAGUGACCCAGGCGUGUGGGGGGAACAAGUCAGCAGAGUCAGCAGAUGUUUCCUCUUGCACAAUCUUGCACAAGGGUGUAUUUUUCUAUUGCAUCCCCACAUGCCCUCCUUUUUUAUAUUAUUUAAUCAGAGUCAUAAAUUUCAUUCCGAGGCAGAAGCUCGCCAGGGUCGCACACAGCGCGCUGGUAACCAGGUAGGCCGUCCAUCCAGGUCCACUGCCGCGUAGCCGCGUCCCCAGGAGAUGAGUGGCACAGGACCAUGCCAUGUUGGAUCAGGUAGCUGUAUGUAAGAUACAAGAGGUCGAGCCAAAGGCUCUGCUUUUCGAAAAUGAAUCUCAGCCGGUGUAUAUUCCCUAUUAUGGGGAUACAAAAGAUGGUUAAGAGUGAAUAAAACAGUAUGCACAAUUGAAGGAAUCUCGGCUGAGGGGGCAUUUCGACCUCCAAGUUGUUUGGACAGCAGUGUCUUGAAGGUCAAGUGCGCCCUCUCCACAAUCGCCUGUCCUGUUGAAUUAAAAGGCAAAUCAUGGAUUAAUUUCACAUUCCAUAAAUCACAAAAGGAUGAAAACUGAGAGGAGAUAUAGGCUGGGCCAUUAUCCGUUUUAAUGCUUUGUGGCUUACCCAUCACAGCAAAACAGCGCAGGGUGUGCUGAAUGACGUGACGAGCGGUCUCACCCUUCAAUGGGGUGGCCCAGAUAAAUCCAGAUGAGGUGUCCACUGUCAAGUGAACUUUUGAGAAUGGGGCGAGCAGAGGGGUGUGAGUAACAUCCAUCUGCCAAACCGCAAGAGGGGACGUACCCCUAGGGUUCACCGCAUCAAAGGGAAUCAUGGUUGGAGCCUUAGAACAGGUAGGACAUUGAGAGACAAUGUCUCGUGCCUGUGCAAUAGGAAUUUUAAACAUUUUUGCCAAAACUUUAGCAGGCUGGUGAAAGGUAGAAUGAGAGAGAAUAGGGUCAGAAAACAAGGAAAACACUUCAGAUCGCAGUGCAGCGUCUGCCACGGCAUUUCCCUGAGCCAAAAACCCUGGGUGAUUGGUGUGGGAACGAAGGUGUGCAACAUAAAAAGGAUGACGGCGUUCUUGAAUAAGAUACUGCAAGGUAGAAAAAAGAACAAACAAAUCAGCAUCUAACGCAGGCGUGAUAUAAGAAACAGGCAGGGAAGACAGAAGGCGAUACACAUAUUGUGUAUCAACAAGCAAAUUAAAAGGUUUGUCAGGAAAGAGUUGAAAGGCAAGGAUUACAGCAGCAAGUCCGCCCGCUGGGCGGACCUCUGUUGCUCAGUAAAUUCAGUUUUCCAUUUUCCACCCUCUUCCCAUGCUACCACCCCCCGCGUUUUUGACCCAUCAGUGAAAAGGGUAAGGGCAGAGGGGAUGGGGGUUGGAGAAAGAGCAGUUUUUAAAGUAUAGACAGUUUGAGAAAGAAAAGCCAAGCGUGGAUCAGAGGGGGGAUUAUGCGUGAUGGUUCCCAAAAAUCCACAAGUGCUACUUGAGUAGCCACGGAGGUGGAAAUCAGGUGUUGUGUUUCUGUGAGUGAAAAAGGCAGGUAAAUUUUUUCAACGUCCAGUCCAGAGAGGGCUUUUGCUCGAGCGCGCCCUUUAAUUACCAAAUCCAUUACAGCCGCUGGAGAGGAAUAAAUGUUACGCGGUGGAGUAUGCGGAAGGUGGAUCCAUUCCACAAUGUUGACACCCGAGGGGGCAGCCGAUUUCUGUGAGUAGAGAAUGGCUGUAGGCAGCAAAGGUGUGGAAAAAAUUGCCAAGGAUAACUGCACAUUGUGCAGAGUGUCUAUGCGAUCCACCAUUCGGUCUCUUAAUAAAGCAUUAACCUGUUGUAAGGCUUGUAGCAUUUCUUCUGUAACUGGGAUGACUUCUCCGGGUAGUUUGUGUCCUUGUAAGGCAGAAAACAAUGGUGACAAGGUGCUAGUAGGCAGAGGCAUUGCAGCAGCAAUUAAGGGGGUAUCUGUAGGAGUUGUGGCGUCCGCAGGGAGCAGUAUGACUUUAGCCACUGGCGUGCCAGAUGGGGAGAUGGCAGGGACGAUCAGCAUAUAGCGUAAUGGUGAUUGAAUUAUAGGGUCCUUGAAUGGUUCCAGGCACAGCAUAUACCCCAACAGUUUGUGCAGAGGCAAGUGGCAAGACAAGACAACGUUGAGAAUUGUCUAUAGCAAAUCCACAGGCCAUAACCAAGGCUUUGUGAGGACAAAAUGGAACCGGGAAUCGUACAUCCUGAGUGAGAAUAAGUUGUGGCAUCAGACAUUGUCCCCUAUUGAUUUACUGGGGCCCGGGAGGGCCCGUCUGCCGGUUUCCUGGUUCUGGGAUGAUUGUCCUUGGCUAGAGGUUUGAUUCUGAUUAGCAGGGUUUGAGUGGCAUUGAUUUGCCCAAUGAAAGCCUUUCUUGCAGAUAGGACACUUAGAGGGGGGGCGCUUUCCAGACUGACUGCCAGUGGAGCGGCAUUGUGCGCGGAAAUGGCCAGGCUUAUUGCAUCCAAAACAAAGUUUGUCUUUCAUAGGGUUGGCAGCUUGGGAUAAAGCUGCGGCAAGUAGCCGUGCCUUGUGGCUUUCUGAGCCGAUGGACUGACAAGCCUUUAGCAUGUCGGCUAUGUUUAUCCCUUGCUGGCUGAUCAGAGGGCGAAGUGCCACUCUACAAUCCUCAUUUGCAUUAUCAAAGGCAAGUUGUUUCAAGAUCACCUCCUGAACUUGAGUGUCUGCUAUUUGGCGCUUCAAAGAGUCAUAUAGGCGAUCGAUAAAGACAGCAUAUGGCUCAUUUGGACCUUGGCGAACAGUACCCCAACGGGACGUACUGUCACCCUUCGUGUCAGGCACCUUUUGAAACGCUGUCUGGGCGCAGCGGGUAGCAACUUCCCAAUAUGCAGCGCCUGCAGCAAUCUGUUGGGCGAUGGUAAAAAAAUUGCCAGUUCCAAUAAGACCAUGCAUAACGUCCUGAGGAGUAAGGACUGGAGGAGGGGGGGGGAGGUGCUCCUCCUGCGGCAGGUGCUGGAGCCGCGGCCGCUGCUGCUGCUGCUGCAUUGUUUAAAGCCAUGGCAACAUUUGGGGCUUCUUGUUGGCACAGAAAUUGCCAUUCCUGCAUAAAUACAAUGACUCCAGAUGGUGGCAGUAUGGUCCUAGCCAACAUUUUUAUGUCCUCCGGAAGACAGGGCUGCUGAAAAAUAGUGUUCAACAGACCCAAGGUAUAAGGAGCCUGGAUGCCGUUUUUCUGGACGGAGUCAUGCACCUCUUUAAUUAGUCUAUAGUCAAAUUGUUCAUGACAAGGUGGCCCUCCCCCUGGUCCAGCAGGUACCAAGACAGGAAAAAGUUCUGUGCCAGAUGAAAAACCUAAGAGGGGGGCUGCUUGUUUAAUAGCAGUCCCCAGUGGCGUCGGUGGGUGCGAUUGAGGAUUAAUGGGUGGAGCAGACGGUGCCGGUGAAGGCUGAGAAUCUGGCGGUCGUGGAGGAGGUGUAAAAGGUGGUGGUAGAGGCGGUGCAUCUAACGCAGAUGCUGUUUUUUGUUUUGGUUGCGACGAAGCCAAGAGAAUGUUUUUGGGCGUAAGAGUUGCCAUGCAGCCACGGACUUUAGCCCAGGCACUGAGGACGUGAACAUUUAUGCGGCCAUGGCCAUGAAAGUGGUCGCCAAUUUUGUCCCAGUCUGGUAUUUCCCAUGUCCCGUCCUCAGGGAACCAUGGACAAUGUUCAUCUAUGGCCAGAAUCAAUGCGAUUAGAUCACCUUCAGGUACUUGCUGUUUAUUUUCCCGAAGGAGGUGCUGCAUGUCUUUUAAAAAUUGUUUCUGAGGGUUGGAGAGCGCAGAACCCAUGAUAAAAAUAGAAAAAUAGCUACUCACCGGGGAUCCGAAGAUGAGAGGGCGCCUUGAGCCACAGCCGGGCGGGUGAGUAGCAGGGAGGAGCGUCUUUGACAGCACGCGUCCUGGAAGCCGUUCAGGCAAUCACACGGGGCACCAUUUGUCGGGGAACCAGCCCACCAGGUGCGGAGGAAAAUGACGAAGAGUCAUGGGUGAAGGUUUAAGCAAGGAGUGGCUCUCUCCCAGCAGCCUUGCAUGUUUAUUAGCCUUGCGCACAUUACAUCAUGUUGCAUAUACACGUGUAGCACUCGGGUGGAUAACAGCUAGGGUUUGCAUUUCUUAGAAUAACUAUUCUCUACCAGGACAUAACUCCAGACAGCAUGACAGCCGCGUAAGCUUUGCGGUUAGGCAGCGCGACAGUGACCCAGGCGUGUGGGGGGAACAAGUCAGCAGAGUCAGCAGAUGUUUCCUCUUGCACAAUCUUGCACAAGGGUGUAUUUUUCUAUUGCAUCCCCACAAGAAAGUAGUGUACAAGCUUUUGAUUCAGAGAACUCUUCUUCAGGCUAGACAUUUUAUUAUUGUUGCUGUUGAAGGAAGUCAAGAAAAAUGUUUCAGAGCCUGAUGAAAAUAUUUGUGGCUCUCAAACAUUUUUUCCUCUUUAUAUUAAACUACAUCUAGCUUGAAAAGGUAAAGGUAAAGGGACCCCUGACAGUAUUUGGAAGCUUUGUCUGAAAGUGACAUUUUAAUUGAUAUUUGGUCCUAAUAGGAUGUUACACUGCUGUUAUUUUGGAUUUUUAUUGGAACCAAACUUAAGGUUAACAUAGAUAUUUAAGGAAAUAAAUAUAAUUGCACUAACCAAAAUGAAUUGCAGAAUAAGUUGACAGAAUGCAGAGAUUGUUAUACAAUACUAUCUUUCGUAGUUGCCUUUUAAUAAUCAUGUCUUUAAAUAUUUUCUGCUUCCCAGAUGCAUCCGGUUAGCUCUGGUUCAUGAUAUGGCUGAAUGCAUAGUUGGUGACAUUGCUCCUGCUGACAAUGUUUCCAAAGAGGAGAAACACAGACGAGAGGAGGUCAGUAUGGUGGCAUAUGUAGCUUGAUGGUCUCCUUCUAAAAAACAAAGAACCAAGAUUAGUCUGUAAAGUCUGAAAGAUCCUCAGAACAAAAGAGUCUUGCGGAAAGUUAAAGACUAACAAAAAUAUUAAGCCAUAAACUUCCAUGGAUAGUUUACAGCCCACUUCAUCAGAUGUAUGAAGUGUUAUCCUGUGUUACAGGAAUAUCUAUACAGGCAAGAGAUUGUUAGCAGUGAGAUCAGAAGGAAAGGAAAUACAGAAAAGUGCAGACGUCAGUUACAUUAUUAACAGAAGCCAGUCACAAAAAACACACAUCACUGGUAAGUUAGUCAGCACACGUAGUGUUGUAAAAAUAUAUCGUCCCAGUUCAGUCCACAAAUGAUAACACUGAACUGCUUCAUAAUGGUAAUUUGGCAGUUUCAGUUUGCUGUUUCCUUUUGAAGUUCCUUUGAAGACCUUAAGGUCAGUGAUGGCACAUCCAGGGAGGUUAAAAUGUCCCCCGCUAACACUUAGAUACUGCCAUUUCUGCCAUCUGAAUUGUGGCGUUUGUUCUCUUGAAAAGAGGCUGGCUUGUUUUUCCUAUGUAGAAUGCAGCUGGAAAGACACGCAGGGCUCAGCCUCAUGAUACAAAGCUUCCAUGGGAUUUCUGUUAUUUGAAUUUGCACCUUUUAAAACUUCAUUGAUGUUUUCUGUCAACCCAGUUGAAGACAAAAUUGUUUCUGUGAAGUGGCUCUAAUAAUGGAAUUGAACAGAUUCAGGGUGAGUAGUGUAGAAUACCGGUCACUAGAGGGCACAAUCUUGUAUUUUACAAGAAAAGAUUUCUUACAGGAAAAGCAGUCUAGUUUGUGGGAUUCCAUAGUGCCUUUCUUUCUAGAAGGGAAGAUUCAAACAUAUAGGCUCUGUCAUCAGCUGACAUUCAGUUGCCCUCUCUAUCAAGAGAAAAGUAGAUGGAAAGUGACUUAUUUGAAAACUUCCUACCUCUCAUGAAAACUGAUCGGCAUUCUGUGCCAGUAGCUGACUUGUCAAAGGACAGUAAAGACUAGAAGGCUCUGAGAUAUAAACUUGUUAUGUGUGAAAUAUUUAAAGUAAGGGGCACCACACACAAUCUAUGGCAGUGCAAUUCUGUGAAAAUGGCAGGUGUUUCAAGUGGACCCCCUCUCAUUCAUAUCCAUUGGUGCUUUUUGAUGAUCUCCAGAGGUCAUCCUUUGCUCCUUCCUUUACCCCUUUAUAAAUUAUACACAGGUUGAAAACAAGCUGUCUGCUGGGCAAGACUGUGUUCCUGCUUGCUAUAGUGAGCAAUGAGCAUUGGAGAAGGGACAAGGAGGCCUGUAGUAGCUGCCUCCUCUCCCACUGCUUCAGGGCUUUUAAAGUAGGGGUGGGGGAAUUCAGGCUGGGAAGGGGGCAAAUGCAGUUCUUCCGGCCUCCCUGACUGGCCCUCGCCCCAAGGGCCCCCCUACCUGGCCGUGCUCCCUCUCCCCCAAACACUUGAGUGUUUUUACCUGGCUGCAAUGUGCCCUUGAAUUCUGAUCAUGCCUAUUAUUUGCCUGGAUGGUGCGUAGGGAGGGGUGUGUGAAUGGGUGUAGAAACCAGCCUACUGUGCAGAAAUAAAAUUCACAUUUGGCUUUGGCCCUACACACCACCGGCAUGUGGCUUUCAUAAGAAGAGUGUCCAGCCUGGGCUGAAAAGGGGACAGUCAGGAUGUCCAGGUUAGCAACCAACAGCCUUAUGGACUCUUUCCCAGGGGGGUGGUCUUUGGAAAUCUUUCGUAAUAUGACUUCCUGAGUGAGGCCAGAAUUUGGCACCCAUAAAUGGAUCUUCUCAAUUUUGUGCCCUCUCGGCUCUGCGCCCUGUACAGGGAAACCACCUGCACCGCCCUAAAUCUGAUGCUGCUAUUCCCAUAUCACCUUUGUUGUUGCGUAGGAGCUGAGGCAGCAUGAGUCUAUGUGGGAAGGGAGGGCUCCAUUGUGUAGCUUAUGCAUCUACCAGUGAUAAGUUACAUCAGUUUCCAGGAAAGGCAGUGCUGUGGGAACUUCUUCCACAGAACUGAAGCUUUUGAUGUUCCUUUAGUUGCACAGGAAGAAGCUGGCAAGAGGGUAUCCUGCAUAGUGCUUGGAUUUCCAGAUUAUUGCUCUGAAACACAUCUCACUUGCUUUGUUGUGAGAAGCACCAGAUUGCUUAAUAGCUUGCAUAAUUUUCUUCUUUUGGUUAGUACUUAAGAUGAUGAGGGAUGAACUGCAUUAUGGAGGGAGGUGUGUGCGUGUGAUCACAUUCUUUUUACAUUCACCAAGGCCAAUCCUUGCAGGUUUGUGAUCACUGCCAAGGUGUGUGAGAGCAAGAGAAUGCAGCUCAUCUCUGCCAAAAGCAGGGAAACAAUAUUGGAGUGACACCAAAUAAAAUGCAGGAUUCUGUUUUUCUAGGAAGCUAUGAAACAUUUGACCCAGGUGCUUUCUGAGGAGCUGAGAAAAGAAAUUUAUGAACUCUGGGAAGUAAGUUUUAAACAUCUAAAAUUGCUUAAAUAUUAAAAUUCAUUUUCCCCCUAAAUAGGUAUUUCUCUCUGCUAAACAUCAACUGUAGAUUUAAAUAAUGACUGUUUUUUGGAAGCAUUCUUGGUGUAAAGCAGGCUACCAAGCUAAGUAUGGAUAUGUUACAGGGGGCACUAGGGAGACAAUAAGCUUUCUGAGUUUGCUGCCUGCCUGUUUUUAUAAAAUCCAGUGGGGCUGUCAUGCAACUGAACGCCAUGGUGAGCUGCAUUGGACUUGGGAGUGGUUUGGAGUAAGGUUUGCCUGAGGAGACUUAACAUAUUUUGUACUCUUGCAAUGACUUCUGCCAUAGGAUAAACUCCAACCAGCUGAGCUAUCCAAGGUGUCAGUUGUUAGAAAAAAAUGGUUGUAACCAUGUAGUUUUGAUUUCAAAGUAGAAGCUGGUACGUGCUUACCAGUAAAAACUCGAAAGUGGAAGCAGAUGGAUCACCACAGGAAACUGGCAUAUUAGAAAGCAAGAACCAGUUUGAAAAAUAAAGUAUUUGACAAGCAUGUCUAACCAGUGGGAAACUCCUGUGUUCUGCAGUGAAUGCAUUUCAUUAUUCAGGUGUUAUGAGAUACCUGUUGGCAAGGUAUUGGUUCGGUUGAUGCUUUCUUCAGCAGCAACUGAUGAGAAUUGCUUCUGGACUCAUGAACAUGUAGUGCUGGUUCUCAAUAUUUGGCUAGAAAUCCUUUACAUGGGUUAGACCAGGGGGCUCAGAAAUGAACUGCUUCCCUUGUACAGAAGUGCAUACAGUUGCAGUUUCUGUGAUUUUUUCCUUCUCAGUAAAGUGGGUUACCACCUUGCACACCCCAAUUAGGAAUAUGAACACCAGUCAACUGCAGAAGCGAAAUUUGUAAAAGAGCUGGACCAGUGUGAGAUGAUACUUCAAGCCUUGGAGUAUGAAGAGUUAGAGAAAAAACCUGGAAGACUUCAAGACUUCUAUGAUACAACGGCAGGUAAGACACGCCCUCCUCUGUUAUUCUAAACACUCAUUGUGUAGCUUGGUAUUAUUUUUAUAAUGGAACCUGCAACAAACAUUUGCAGAGUAAAUGGAAAAUGGUGUUCCAAACAGCCAGACAUGCCACCUUAAUCCCCCCCCCCCACCUAAUCUUUUCAACCUUGGUGCUCUUUUUUCUAGUAGCACUGUUUUGGCUACAUAGCUGCCUGAAGUCAGCACCCGAGUUUGCAAUUAAUAUAUAUUAGGGGUGUGCAGUGACUCUGUAUUGAGGGCUGAAUAAUGAGGCACAGUGGGGUGAUUUGGGAUGCUUUCCCCCUCCCUGCACUGAAGCACAAUGCUAGUAACUGCCCCCCCCCCGAAGUUGGAUCAGGGUUCCCUCAAGGGUACCCUUGUUUUUGAGUAUUGCAGCUCUGUGUUUUCCUGCAGCUCUGUUUCUCUCGGCCAAAAUGUUGCCUGUAGAGCACUGAAAAAUGCCACAUUUUACUUUAUUUCUAUUAAAGCACAGUAGUGGAGGAUUCUUAGAAACAAGUUAGAAGCUUUGGGUUUUUUUAAUCCUACAUUUCUCUGCUUUAGUGGGAAAAUAAACACAGCUCUUCAGAUCUCUGCAGGGAAUGAAACUGCUUCAUAUUGCAGAGCCUUAUUGGAGGACAUAAACAAGCACCAGAAAGGAAGGUGUGGAGUUUUUAACAAACAGAAUAUACAAGGAAGAACACAUGCCAGUUGCCCUUCUCUUUCUUACUUCUCCCAAAUUUUUUCUACUUAUGAAUUUUGGGCUUUUAUCUAGCCUAAUAAAGGUUUUCUUUAAUUUUGAUGAGCACCUCUGGGUUCUGUUUUUUUGUGGGAAGAAUUGCAGUUCAGUGGAGGAAAUAAAAUCCCUUUUGCUUCCCCAAUGAAAAGUCUCUAUACCUGUUUGUCUGCAAUGUGGCAAACAUAGUCUACACUGGAGGCUUGCCCGUUGUCUGUACAUUUCAACUGCUCUUUUCAAGACGGGGGAGUUAAGAGUCCUUUUUAGAGCAUAGAGUGACUGAGUAACAGACUGGAAUUUUUAAAAAGAUAAGAGAUGCAGUGCCAAAUUUUAGAGGCCAGUGCACACUCCUUAUAUAUAACUAUAACGGUAGAAAAGUUUUGAAGAGAGAUCCAGUAUAAAACAAUACUAACCCUUGGUCUCAAACACCCUUUCAUUUGCCACUUGCUUUGAAGAUCAGAAUCAUGCAAAGCACCCCAAUAUAAUAUGGUUUUGACUAGUAUUGGCUUCACCGGCUUAUUCACUUGGUGGGCAAGUGGGUUAUGCACGUAUACUUCAGCUAUGGUUUAAUUACACCUUGUCCUUCUGGGAAUGGUUGAAUUCCUCCAUGUGAUGGACGCUCUUACACAGGGAACUGGCAGGUGCCACUUCUAUGAUGGCAGUUGGAUGCAUUCCAUUGUUUUAUUUGAGUUGCUUCGAGACUUGUGUUACAAGGAGAGGCAGGAAUAAUUUGAGCAUCUGAACCACCUUGGGAGCUUAUCAACACAAUUAACUCAAAAGUGUCUGCGAGCCAGAACAAUGACUAGAAGUUCCAUUAUUUCCCCCCAAUUAUGACUCCUGGGGAAGUCCUCCCAUCAAAAAGCAGACUAGAUAUAAAUUGAUAUAGAAUGAAACUUGGGGUGAGUCCAUUUAGAUAGUGAGCUUGCCCCUUCUCCCUUGGAGUGCAGGUCCACAUUAGAAUCACUAAUUGCUUUUGAUACUCCCCUAGUUUAAAAACACAUGCACUGUACUGUUUGGGAAUGCACUGUUCAUACCACCUCAUGUCUCCAGUGUUUUUGGUAAUGCUCAGCCUACCUAACACUUUCACAUGACACCCCCCAAGAUUCAUGAACCAUUGAUGGUCCCCAAAUCCCGCUUUGAAAGGCAGGAAGAAUGGCACCACACUGCUGCUUCAUGCUGCCACCUGGUGAUGCCCUGAUGCUUCAAGGAUUAAGGAAAUCACAGGGCAUGAGCAUCAGGAAUUCUCCUUACUUUGAAAUGUCCCUUCCUAAAACUAUAAUAGUGUAAGAGCAGCUCAGUAUAAAACAUGAGAGGCUAUCCAAUACAACAAGAACAAGCAUUUCUUGUUGAGGAAGGUGCUUUUAUCUCACUGCUAUAUUCUUGGUACAUAGCAGAAUGAGAAAACAUGUUAACGGUGAUCUCUUGAUCUACAGGAAAAUUUAGUCACCCUGAAAUAGUCCAGCUUGUGUCUUCCAUAAAUACAGAAAGAAAUACAAAAAUAGAUGCAGCAAACAAAGAUCGUCCAUCUUGAGUCACCUUUCAAAUGUUUUCAGCUGUAUCUAUAAUAAAUUAUUUUAAAAACUCUACUGUGUGUUUGGUUUUGCAGUAUACUACCACCAGAAUACUAUUUGUUUACUAAAUACAUUAUAGAAAAAUAGUAAAAAUUAGGGCUAUAUGAUGUAGAAAGUAGUUUUAUAGGGGACAGCUGGGCCCUUCACACCAUUCAGUAACAUAUGUGUGUUGGUCUGACACAGUAGAAAUAUAUCUAAAAAUAUAUUUUUUUUAAAAAAAUUGUCUAGUAGCACGUUAGACACCAACUAAGUUUGUUCUUGGUAUGAGCUUUCGUGUGCAUAUCUGAAGAAGUGUGCAUGCACAUGAAAGCUCAUACCAAGAACAAACUUAGUUGGUCUCUAACGUGCCACUAGACAUUUUUUUUAAAAAAAAUAUAUUCAUGUGUAAAUUGGAUACAAAAAGGUUUCUGUGGUUGCUUCUGAGAUAGGCUCAGUGUACAUGCUAAAAGAGAGCUCCUUGUGAGAAGACAGUGCUGCCUUGCUAGAUAUUCACUGCGCCUCCUAAAGUCAAGCAAGCUUGGACAUGAAAACCCAAAAUAUCAAGAUUUGAUGUAGCUGUUCAUGGGGUCUACUUUAUUGAAACAUGUACAACAAAUCAAAAAAGCCUACAGCAAUGCCCACCCUCCAUUGAAUCAAACACAGCAAAUCUAGAAUAAAAGUAGGUGGUUUUAGUAAAUGAGGCAAACCAAUACAAGAUGUCCCCCCCCCCCCAAAGUCCAGUUCAUGGGUGUGAAACCCAGUAAAAGCCCCAGGAGUUCAGACCAGAAAUCACUGAAUUUGGUUUGAGCAUUACCUUUCACUAUGCUGCGAACUGCCCUGAGAUCUUUGGAUGAAGGGUGGUAUACAAAUUUAAAUAAUACCAGAGGCUUAGCUAUUGUGGCAGUUUGAAGAAUAUAUAGCUUACAUGAUACUGUAUUCUAGAAUUAGGGUAAAAUUUGAAAGUUGUCAGAAAUUUGAAAGUCAAGAACAAAGUUAACUUAUACUGUAGUUCAAAGAAACCAGUUGAUUUAGCUUACUUUUUCCUCUUAGGCUCUUGUUUGUGCACUGGCCUGAGGUGCAUGCAAGGUUUCCUGCACCAAGUAGUGGGGAGAUUUCCACAACCACCUCCCACUCUGCUCCAGAAAGUCUCCCAAUCCCCUAAAAGAGCAGGAAAAGGGUAAUUUUUGCCUCUUCAUCUGUUCCUCCAAGAGUGGUAUCCUGUGGAUGGCAUUCCACUCACAGCCACUAUUUUUUUCACAUACAGGGAUGCAGCUGUCCUGUUAUUGUGGAAGUCAGCAAAAAGUGUCACUGUACUUUUUGUAGACAGUAGCUAAGAGCUGCUUAAUAUAUAAAUACUCCAACUCUUUUACACCCAUAUAUGCUUUUUGAUGCUGAAAAAUCAAGUUUACAGACUCCUUAACUAGAGGAAAAGAAAACCAUUUAUUAGAAACAUAAGUACUUUGCUGUGGCAGUGAAAACAGAUAAAAAGGGAAGAACAGUCUCUGUGGAACAGUGGUGGGUGGGUAGGCUGGUGCCUCAGGACAAAAUGGCAUGUCUCAUGAAAUAGCUGACCUUUAAACUUUAAAAUAAAGCUAGCUGAAGACAGAAGCAGGUAGAAGAAGAGAAACCAUAAGAUUUGAAGAGUAUUUAAGCAAUAUAUUUGAACAGAAUGUUCAAAAAUUCAGUAUAUAACAUAUAUACACAUAUGGACAAAUCUCUAAGAGUACAACAUUGGUAGAAGCCAUUUUCAAAAGUGACGCAACUUUCUUAUAGUAGCUGGAUGUGUAAAAGCAUUUAUGAAGUUAAGACUCCAAGCUUGUUCCCCCAGAAUAGGACUCGCUUAUUUUUUUCCAUGCAAUCAUGUAUGUAGGCAAGUGACCACAUAAAGAAAUACUUAAAGAGUUAACUGGAUAGUAUAUGGCAACAGAUAGUGAUCAUUUCUGGCUUAUCACAAGAAUCACUGUGGUUCACUCUGGGUACUGCCUGCUUUACACUAAUGUUUCAGCAUACAGUCAUACUCAAUCCUGAAGCAAAAAUAAACAGGGCUUCAUGUGUGAAUUGGACCCGAGACAUGGGAUGGAGAGAAUGAUUAGCAUCCCUUCAGUCUAGCAUUGAAGCUCCUCUUCUGUUUCUGGGAGUCGAGUGCUCACAGCGGAACUCUGAGCACUGGCAUGGGCAGCAGAAUUGAGAACCUCCUCAAAACUUCCUCCGGUAUGGCUCGCACCUCCAACUUUUGUCUGAAAGGGAAUGAGCAAGGGCAGUCAGUAACUAACAUUCUGCUAAACAAUUUGCCUCAAUUUUCUUUUUCAUUCUCAAGCCAAAUAAACGCUUAGGACUAUUAUAACUCAAGGGGCUCUGUAACCUCAGUUGCGAAGAAUGUUAAUUCCAUGUUGUCUUUUGUUUCCUCAGCUCUCAAGGUAGCAGAUUAUAACUAUAGCGUUAACUAAAGGCAAGGGUGGUAAUGAAUGUUUAAAAUGGUUCCCUUUGUACUAGAUGCUAGAAGUCAGUGCCAGAUUGAGAAUAAUGUAUUGAUAUGUACUGACUUCCACAAAAAAGGUAAGAGGCAAGCUUAAAAUGAAAUGUUGAAUAUGAAACAGCAGCAAUUUGCCCAAGGUUAACUUCCAAAUAUACAUUCUGUUCUGUGUAAUUUGACUCAAACCAUAAUAAAUCUAUAUUGUUCUU